GAAACAGUAAGCCUCGUUUUCGCGGGAGAUAUCAGUUUCUCGGAUCCAGUACGCGCUGAUGUCCAUCGCAACUUUUACUCCUACAAAGACACUUUGAGUCAUGUGGCCCAUUACGUCAGAGAUGCUGACAUUUCCUUUGCAAACCUGGAGUCUCCCAUUGUUCCUAAGGAAUCGCUGGAAAAUAAAAAUGUGGGACCAAAAGUAAUUUUUCUCUACGCUGAAAAACAAAGUGUUUCAGCUUUAAGGUAGGUUAGAAGAGACAGUGGACAUUGUUUAUUUUCAUUUUUGUCCUUUUACUGGCAUCGGGGGGGAUCAGCAACAUUCCAGCCUUAGAGAAAAAGACUUAUCUACCUUACCUGAUAAUAUAAUAGAGCGAUUUUACUUGACCCGUGAAACAGAUAAUAGACCUUGUCACGGUUUUCGACGCCAUCUUGACGAGUAGGCAAACGUGUGAAAAAUUACAGUGUUUGUAUGAGAAUCUAAUGUUGAAUAAUUUGAAUGUAAACUAAAAUUUACUAAAAAAUUUGUUCUGUGCUUAAAUUUCUCGGGAGGCUUGCUUUAGAUUUUCCAUCUAUUUGUCUGUAAUUUUUCCUGGGACUUUCUUAACUUUUUAAAAUUUUCCAUACAUUGGUCUGUGUUCUAGGUCUUCUAGCGCAUAUAACGCCCACAAUUUUUUUCAGUAGAAUCCUUAGGAGCGAAGCUUUAGUUUAAAAUUGAUAUUUUUUUUUCAAAACAAUCGUUUUACGGGAAUUAUUCUACAUUAGAUUCUCAUACAGAUACUAGAAUUUGUCACGCGUUUGCCUACUCGUCAAGAUGGCGUCGAAAACCGUGACAAGUUCUAUAACAACUACUGCAAAAUAGCUUCAAAUAAACAAAAAAAGACAAUAGAACUAGUACAUAAUAGUGCGUAGUAUUCUACUACCUAUUUCACGGGUAAAGUAAAAUCACUCUAAGUCAGUGCACCAGUAGCAGUUUAGCAUUCGCGAAUAAACGAGUAAUUUCAUUUCAACGUUUUUUUAACUAGUAUUUUGCAAUCUUUUUGUUUUCCUUGUGUUUUAAGGUUUACUAUAUGACCCUUUCAAAAAAUAAUCGGAUAGAAAAUAAAUCGGUUCAGAUUCUCAAAUGUUUGGUAGCUCGCAUCGUAAAUGCAUUCAAGUCAGUUGUAACCUGCCUGGAAGCUCCCCAUUGGAGUACUUGAAUCGAGAGCUUCCACUAACGUCGGCUAAGCGAGGGAAAGGCUAGCCUGCGUAGCAAGCGUUUCCAAUCACUCUCGUCCCGACGUUCUCGACGAACUCGCGCGGAAACGCUUGCUACGCAGGCUAGGGAAAGGCGAGACCCGAGGGAAUUUCCCCGCGCAGAGGAUACUCUUUACCAAACGCUUGCCCCCGCGUGAGAUCGCUCUCCUUUCAUGCCGGAUAUUACAAUCAGAGAGCUGGCUUGAAGAGUACACAAAAUCUCACUCGUCUUUCGCAGGCUUGCGGGAUUUGACGUCAUGACGAUAGCAAAUAAUCACCUUAAUGACUUUGGCGAGUUUCCCGUGAAUUAUACAGUAAACACUUUGAGAAAUGCUGGAAUAAAAGCUAUUGGUGCAACUUACGGACCAUUCAACUCUCAUCAGGUAAUUAAUAACUAUUGUAGCAUGGUGUAAAGUGAGCCUUUAAUAUUCAAACCUUCACUAAUUGUAAUAUUCGAGCAUAAUCAUUUCCAACGUAGAUGUUUAGACACUGUUUAGAUAUAAGAAAUUUGGAUUUUGAAUUACACACUGUGAUUUGGAACUCGAGGAAAAUUGUACGUUAAUUGACACAAGAAUGUACUUAUUCAGGGAAAAUUUCAUCCCGUUCUAAGAUAUUUUCGAUUUGUUGAUUUAACCAGAUUUGAAGGAACGAAUUUGAAAAUGAGAGGGCAGCAAGGUAAGUAGUGCUGGUGGCACACUUAAAUUUAAUGGAUUAGAGGCCCACUCCUGAAGGGGGCACUGCUGCCCGUCCCCUUCCCCACACCUCCCCCUAGCUAUUUCUACGGCCAUGUGAACAUCCACCGUAAUAGGAGAACCAGGGAAGGUUAGCAAACCAGUUUGCGCGUGUUUUUUUCUUUUGAGUUUUGUAGGUUCCUGUCAUCCUAGAGAGAAAAUCGUUAAAGAUCGGGGUCUUAGCAUACUGUUUGACGCAUGGAGGAAAAACUGAUAAAGUUCAAAACUGCACUGAACUUAGGAGUCUUUUCAAGGGAGGACCAGCUAUUUAUCGUAGAGAUGUUGCAAGAGUUGAUGUUGAAAGAUUAAAGGUAGGUCAGGAUUCCAGUUUUUGACUCAGUAAGAACACAAUUUAUGUAUGUCGGCGUAUAACGCAGUUUUUAGACAAGGGCCUAAUUUGUUCAAGGAAUGGCUAGAUUGCUCUUUGGAUGUGGUAAUGUUGUAAAUGAAAACCACUAUUACCGAUAUAUAGGGAGUCAAGGCAUCAAAAACUAGGAAAACAUUAUCAAUUGACGUUGGGUGUCUGCCUCAUAACAUUUUGAAGAAAGAGCAUAAUUUUUUCCUUUAAAAGUCACGAAAUAAAUGACUUCCUUGACCACGACACACUUCGGCCUAAACACUUCAUUUUCACACUAGUACUCUGUCAUUUUUCCACUCCUCUAUGAUUAAAAUCGUCUAUUUUAAUAUAAAUCUCUUUGAAUAAAACGAACCUAGAACAUAUAAAAAUAGGGUGAAAAAGGAAGACGCGUGCUCUGUAUUUCCUCCAAGAGGUAUCUAUAUGCCCUUAAAUAUCUCUCCGUUGACUGGUCUGAUUUAGGCAAGAAAAGUUGACGUAAUUGUUAUUUUGAUGCACUGGGGCCGAGAAUACCGUCCUCGAAUGAAUGGCUUACAAAGGCGAAUAGCUACGUAUCUGACGUCACUCGGCGUGCAUGUCAUCAUUGGCUCUCAUCCGCACGUGAUGCAGCCGUACAGCUACCGCGACAAACGAUUUGUUGCUUACAGCUUAGGAAAUUUACUCUUCUCCCAUGAAUGGACUCCAGAAAAAUUUAGGGUAGGUUAUUGUCUCUUUCUCUUUUUCCUUUUCUUUCUGCACUGUGAUAUUCGCUUGAACUUACAACGUACAACAAUAGCCGAGGACAGCGGAGGAAGAUCAAGAGUAGGUCAUUACCGAGUUCCAAAAACACUCACUUUCAAAACGGCUAAGUCACAGAAGUGGAAAACCGUUCUUAUGAUAAGUAGUUUUAUCUGCAUGAGAACGAAAAAUCAUUGGCUUUACACUUAGCCUCGAUUAAAAACAGAGGCUUCGGGCUACAAGGAAGGGGCCUUUUUUGGGGGGGGGGAGGGGAGAGUGCUCCAAAUGCGUGGUUCUGACGAGAAAAGGUGGUCGAAAACCAUGAAUUCUCGAUAGAAACAGGGGAUUGAAGGGAAUGAUGUUACAGUUGAAAACCUCACAGUCCUUUCAGCAACAAACCUUGAAACAAACUGACUCAACUUGAAGAUUUUGCCUUCGAGAAAAUCCUCAAAAGUAUCGUUUAAAAGAGAUAAAAAUAACCGUGAAGUAUCAAGCUUUGCGGAGUUAAUGAGCAGGACAGCAUGCACUUUAAAGAUAUGAAAUUCGACGUUAAUUUUGUAAGUACUGAGAAUAGUGGUGAACUAAAAUGAACAAGGAAAAUUUAUUUUCCCGAUCGUCUCAAAGAAGGAAGGGGUGUCUUGAACCACCCCAAGCCCCCCGCCCCCCACACACACCCCGAAGUCUUAUCCUCUCUGCAAUCCCUGGUAGCAGUGUAGUUACAAAACAUUUGAAGUUAAGAGGUACGACUUAAUGCCUUACAAGUUACGUGGGAUUGUUUCCACGGCUGCAUUAUCCUUCACGUAGGUUAUGUUUCUACUUCUCAUUAAAUGCCUGAAAUUUAAGCCGUUAUUGGUGAAUCGUACGUUUAAUUCGAGCAGCUGCCGUUCUUUUCGAUGAAAGCCACAAGAAACGGACGUCUUAUCCGUACUGAGGUUUCAAGGUUAGUGUAAUUAGGAUACACUGAUUUAGCCGGCGUCACAUCACACAUGCGCAAUGUAUAUGUAAGGUACAAGCUCCAUGCGUAAGCGUAGUGUUAUUUACGGUGGAUCAAAAGCCAUAAUGCUCUUCAGUGGAUUCAUUUGCAACAUAUAUGUGUAGCCUUCAGAGUCCUUUAUUUGUAUUUAUUUUUUUAUUUUUCAUUGCUUUUAACCCUAAAAACAACAACAAAAACAAACACCGGGCAAAUGCGACGGCUAUACGAAUAUGCUGCAAAUGGAACACACAAUUCACCACAAGUAAGUCUUUGCGUACACUAUACCGGUCAAGUAUGGAAAUCUAUUCACACGGCGCCAAAGAGAAACAGAAACCUAUCCGAUAUAUGACGAUCCACUUUCAAAGUCUAGCGCGACGCACAGGCGUUACGGAAACCCCUCGUUGAAAUCAUCGCGCUUAUGUGUGACCAGAAGCACUAUGCAGUUACGGUUUUCGUACCGGGGAAAGAGCUAUCCGGCAUAGUUCUUCACAAUAACUACGAUAAGGCAAAUUAAAACUAGCCUACAACAUAGGCGUUAUUUUGGGGUGUCUUCUAGGUGAGCAAAAGCAAGCCCGAAGUGAGCGGGAAGCGCUAGACACCCGCCACGGGGGAAGGCGCAAAAAAAAAAGCUAAAUUUUUCUUUUUCUCCGCAGAGGCUUCCCCCGAGCGGAGGACGAUGGGAAGAGGGAAAAGGCGGGAACCUCUCUCCUUCGUUCGGCAUUCGAUUCUAUCGUCCUGGCCCCGGUUAUUCAAAAGAUGAAUAACGCUACCCACUAGAUAAGUCUCUAUCCAGGGGAUAGCGCAAUCGUUUUUCCUAAUACUUAUCCAACCUCGUUCCCAGGGUUCUCUCGGUAGGAGAGAACCCUGGGAACGAGGUUGAUACUUCUCCACUCGAUAGUGAUUUAUUCACUGGAUAGCGCUAUCCACGUUUCAACAACUGGAGCCAGAACCAUUUCCCUUCUUACUUACACGUACAUAAAAUUCCGUAGUCUCUAUUCAAAUUUCUGCUUUGCGAAUCUCUUUGUUUGUAAGUCGAAGUCUCUUCAAGUUAGGGGAAAAAAGGAAACUGAGAGUGGCAUAAGCGAGAAUCAAAUUCGGGGUGCUAGAUCCGAAACCCAUCGCCUAUACCACCUCACCAUGGAAUAUUCAACUGCCAAUAACCCUUUUGAUUAACAUAUACAUAUAGUGACAAAACUAAAACGAAAUUGAACAUUAACCAUUUCGAGUCAGUGCAUAUGCUAAUCACUGUAGUCAGUGCGCUUACUCCUGUACAGGGAAUUAUUUUGCGCAAACAUCACAAGGUGUCCAAUGUGGUUCUGGGCGAUGGAAUCCAAUCUCUAACCUCAUUUUUUUUCCUUCCCCUCCUUCCUCGCGCGAUUUCCUUCUCCCUUCUUCCCAGCCUUACCAUGAUACAAGAGAGAGAGCGCGCUUACAUAGUGAUUUUAAGACGCCUAUAAUGAAGCUAACCCCUUCGUUUAUUUUCCUCGGUCUUUGAGGAAGUACUGUAGGCCGGCUUAUGCACCUGGGACCAGUGCUAUCUUCUCACUAAACUAUUCUAACAUUUUUUCCCUAUCCAGAAAAGGAGUCGUCCGAGUUCAGUAUCUUCCUUAUGAAAUAAGAAAAAACCCAACCAAUCAUUGUCUUCAACCGAUACCAUUGAAUCAGGACGGAUGGAUUGACGUAUGCGGGCAGACAGACACCAUGUGCUUGAAACAUUGA